UAAAGCAGAACUACAAAACCCGGAAAAUAACCCAUGGUUCAAUUAUUACAAAUCCGACAGCUUUUUACCUCCGAAAACUCCAUAAAUCUCCCAUCUCAGCCUCCACCCCUCUCUUUAACCUAAAACCCAACUGCUCCCGAAACCCAUUGCCGCACCUCAAACACAACCAUGUUUUUUUCGCUUUCACUUUUCAAACUACUACUCAUCAUUCUCCCACUUCUUUCUCUCAUCGCCUCCUCCGCCUCCACCCCCACAGCCACCACUUCUUACCCGGACUUUCAAUACUUGAAAGUCAAUGAAUCCAUUGCCGCCACGAAAACUAAACCCGCAAAGCUUUCCCUUUCUCAGUUUCAUGAUGAUGAUGAAGUGCGGUUUGGAAAGCGUAAUGAUUCUUCAAGAAAAUGGAAGCUUGAAGUUCUGCAUAGAGAUAAACUAAUAUCUGCUGCCACCAUAAACUCACACCAUCAUCGUCAACGUUUUGAUGCACGAAUGCAAAGGGACAUUAAAAGAGUGGCUUACCUUACACGGCGUCUCUCCGGCGGUAACACUAAGGCCGCCGUGAAAUAUGGCGUGGAAGAUUUUGCUACUGACGUGGUGUCUGGCAUGGAUCAAGGCAGUGGAGAAUAUUUCGUUAGAAUUGGCGUUGGUAGCCCACCAAGAAGUCAAUUCAUGGUGAUUGACUCCGGCAGUGAUAUCGUUUGGGUUCAAUGCCAACCUUGUAAUCAAUGUUACAAACAAUCCGACCCGGUUUUUGACCCUGCUGAUUCGGCAUCUUUUACUGUCGUAUCUUGUAGCUCCUCCGUCUGCGACCGUCUCGAGAACGCCGGUUGCCACGCGGGUCGUUGUCGUUACGAGGUGUCGUACGGUGAUGGGUCCUACACUAAGGGUUUGCUAGCUCUUGAAACGCUCACCGUUGGUCAGACCACAAUCCGAAACUUGGCAAUUGGGUGCGGGCAUAGAAACCAGGGCAUGUUUGUUGGAGCUGCCGGAUUGUUGGGCCUUGGAGGUGGAUCUUUGUCGUUUGUGGGUCAAUUGGGUGGCCAAACCGGAGGUGCAUUUAGUUACUGUUUAGUGAGUCGCGGCACCGGUGCAUCCGGGGCAUUGGAAUUCGGUCGUGCAGCAUUACCCGUGGGUGCUGCAUGGGUUACUUUGAUCCGUAAUCCACGGGCUACCAGUUUCUACUACGUUGGACUUUCGGGUCUUGGAGUUGGAGGUAUGCAGGUACCCAUAUCCGAAGACAUUUUCCGACUGAAUCAAUUAGGCAAUGGUGGGGUGGUUAUGGACACUGGAACCGCCGUGACCAGGCUGCCGACAGUGGCCUAUGAGGCACUCCGUGAUUCAUUUAUAGCACAAACCGGAAACCUACCUCGGGCAUCCGGAGUUUCCAUAUUUGAUACAUGUUACGACCUAUUUGGGUUUUUAUCAGUUCGCGUACCAACCGUAUCAUUUUACUUCUCGGGUGGGCCAAUCCUUACCCUUCCAGCAAACAACUUUCUUAUUCCGGUGGACGAUGCGGGAACAUUUUGCUUUGCAUUUGCUCCAUCCGCUUCAGGACUUUCAAUCAUAGGGAACAUCCAACAAGAGGGGAUUCAGAUUUCUUUUGAUGAAGCAAAUGGGUUCGUGGGAUUUGGUCCCAACGUUUGUUAAGUAAAUAUAAAGUCUUUAGUAAAUUUUGCUAGUAUUUAAGUAAAAAUAUAGUUAUAUUUAUGCUAUAAAUAUCUAUAAUUUAGAUGUCAAGUGGGCUGUCCUAGUUAAUUAAUGUAUUAAAGUUGUGCUUUUUUUAACCUAAUGAGAAGUUUGGGUGUAAAAAUAGUAAA